UUUGAAAUAUUUUUGGCCAUUCGAGGAACGUGUUCCGGCAUUCGUAAGACCGGUGCGUUACCGCACUACGUUCAACGAUUUCGAUCGACAACGUGAAGUGCUCCGAAAGUGUUGGAACUGGUACAGGCGACCAGAACCCCUUUUGGCCACAACCACACAAGAGACAAACUCGAGCAAACUGUAUCAAUUAUUGUCGAAAAUGACAACGUGUAGCCAUGAAUAAUUCGCUCGGCUAAGAGGUUGAAUUUCUACGACUUUGGGGCAGCGAGAGAGAAAGAAAGAGCGAGAGACUCCGAACACAACAGCUUCAAGAUGGGCGAGAUCCUCGGCUCUGCGAGUUUCCUUCAUCUGGGCGACAUCGUCAGCCUAUACGCCGAAGGCAACGUAUCCGGCUUUCUCUCCACCCUCGGGUUGGUGGACGAUAGAUGCGUGGUAUGUCCCGAGGCUGGAGAUUUAUCGAAUCCACCCAAGAAGUUCCGAGAUUGCCUGUUCAAAAUAUGCCCUAUGAACCGUUACUCCGCCCAAAAACAAUUUUGGAAGGCAGCAAAGCAAAGCGCUAGCGGCACCGACGCCGUGCUUUUGAAAAGAUUGCACCAUGCCGCCGAGAUAGAAAAGAAACAAAACGAGACUGAAAACAAGAAACUGCUUGGCAGCGUGGUCUCCUACGGUAAUGUGGUGCAGCUAUUGCAUCUGAAAUCCAAUAAAUUCCUGACGGUGAACAAGAGACUUCCGGCGCUACUCGAGAAGAACGCGAUGAGGGUGUACCUGGACGCGAACGGCAACGAGGGCUCCUGGCUCUACAUAAUGCCUUUCUACAAACUGCGUAGCGAUGGCGAUAGCGUAGUCGUCGGUGACAAAGUGAUUUUGGAACCAGUGAACGCCGGAAGACAAGGUCUGCAUGUGGCCGCCAAUUACGAAUUGAGCGAUAAUCCCGGUUGCAAGGAAGUGAACGUAGUGAAUGCGGCUACGUCCUGGAAAGUAACGUUAUUUAUGGAGCAUAGGGAGAACCAAGAGGAAAUUUUAAAGGGUGGCGAUGUCGUUCGUCUGUUUCACGCGGAACAAGAGAAGUUUCUUACAAUGGACGAGUACAAGAAGAAGCAACAUGUAUUUCUCAGGACUACUGGUAGAACUAGCGCCACUGCAGCUACGAGUAGUAAAGCUUUGUGGGAGGUUGAGGUCGUUCAGCACGAUCCUUGCAGAGGAGGAGCAGGUCAUUGGAACUCCCUGUUCCGAUUCAAACAUUUGGCGACGGGACAAUAUUUGGCCGCAGAAAUUGACACCGACGAACCACGUGAGACCACAAAAGGCAAGCGUGAUCCACCUGGGCCGGUAUAUAGAUUAGUAUCAGUACCACACAGUAACGAAAUAAGUUCCUUAUUCGAAUUGGAUCCGACUACGUUAACGAGAGGCGACAGUUUGGUCCCACAAUCAUCGUUCGUCAGGUUACAUCAUAUAUGUACGAACACCUGGGUUCACUCGACCAGUGUACCAAUCGAUAAGGAUGACGAAAAACCUGUUAUGUCAAAGGUGGGUUGUGCAAUCAAUAAAGAAGAUAAAGAGGCGUUUGCACUGAGGUCAGUGUCGCCAGUCGAGGUGCGAGAUCUCGAUUUUGCGAAUGACGCAUGCAAAGUGUUAGCGUCAAUUAGUGGUAAACUGGAAAAGGGUACGAUCUCGCACAAUGAAAGAAGAGCCGUGACAAGUUUAUUGCAGGAUAUAGUAUAUUUUAUAGCUGGCUUAGAGAACGAGCAGAAUAAAUCCGAAGCUUUAGAUUUAAUCGUUACCAAUGCUGUCAGGGACCGGCAAAAGUUAUUGCGAGAGCAAUACAUACUUGGUCAAUUAUUUAAGAUACUUCAGGCUCCAUUCUUAGAGUCUGCGGAAGGUGAGGGACCAUUUCUUAGAAUAGAAGAAUUGAAUGAUCCACGACACGCGCCGUACAAAUAUAUGUUUCGUUUAUGUUACCGAAUACUUAGAUUAUCUCAACAAGAUUAUCGGAAAAACCAGGAAUAUAUCGCGAAACACUUUGCUUUCAUGCAAAAGCAAAUUGGGUACGAUAUUUUGGCGGAAGAUACUAUCACCGCAUUGUUACACAAUAAUAGGAAAUUAUUAGAAAAGCAUAUCACGGCAGCGGAAAUUGAAACUUUCGUGGGACUUGUGAGAAAAAAUAUGCACAAUUGGGAGUCCAGAUUCUUAGAUUAUUUAUCAGAUUUAUGUAUUUCUAACAGAAAAGCGAUUGCCGUAACACAAGAAUUAAUUUGUAAAAGCGUACUAAGCGAAAAGAAUAAAGAUAUAUUGUUAGAAACUAGGAUGACGAAAACUCAGGUUGAAGUCGAAGAGUUAGACGAGAAACAGGAGAAUGAUGAACCACGAAUAACUGUGAUGGAAGAGUAUGAAGUUUUUCUUGUAUGGAAUAAUGGGAUGAAGACAAUGUCUUUAAACGAGUUAUCAAGAGCAGCAAAGAUAGGCAACGUUCAAGACGCAGCCAUAUUAGACUAUUAUAGACAUCAAUUAAAUCUCUUCAGCAAUAUGUGUCUAAAUAGACAGUAUUUGGCGUUAAAUAACUUAUCACCACAUUUGGACAUCGGUCUUAUACUCAAGUGUAUGGAGGACGAAACGGUGCCAUAUGAAUUACGCGCCUCAUUUUGUCGACUUAUGUUACAUCUUCACGUUGACAGAGAUCCGCAAGAGCAAGUGACACCAGUUAAAUACGCCCGACUUUGGUCUGAAAUUCCUUCGAAAAUGAGCAUUAAUGAUUACGAUGCAAACAGGAUGCGGGAUCAAAAUAAGGAAGGCGUGCGCGCCAAGUUUAGCGCAACUAUAAUGUUUGUGGAAGAUUAUUUGUGUAAUGUUGUGGCAAAGAUGUGGUCUUUUGCGGAUCAAGAACAGAAUAAACUUACGUUCGAAGUCGUCAAAUUGGCACGCGAUUUAAUUUAUUUCGGUUUCUACAGCUUCAGCGAUCUUUUGAGAUUAACGAAAACGUUGCUCAGUAUUUUGGACUGUAUCUCAGAAAACGAUGUAGCUGAUGGAAAAAUUCCGACUGGUGACAUUGAUUCUGAUUCUGUGGAUUCUAAGGACAUAGCGGAAGGUGGAGUAUUGAGAUGUAUUGGAGACAUGGGCGCAGUAAUGACGAGCUUAACACUGGGUCCAGCUGGUCAAGUAUUGGCAGGCAGUUCAUCUCCUAGACCAAAACCACUUUUGAAAAAAGAAUAUCCUCUAGUAAUGGACACGAAGCUGAAAAUAAUCGAAAUUUUACAAUUCAUACUCGAUGUUCGAUUGGACUACAGGAUUUCUUGUUUGCUGAGCAUCUUCAAGCAAGAGUUUGAUGAAACUGAAAGAGCUUCCGGUGACUUGAGUCUUGGUCAGAAAACUAUCGAUUUAGAAUUAAUAGGCACACAAGCAGAGGGUAUAUUUGGUAGCAGCGAGGAAUGUGUGGCGUUGGAUCUAGAUGGCCAAGGUGGCCGAACAUUUCUACGUGUUUUGUUACAUUUGGCUAUGCACGAUUAUCCACCGUUAGUUUCCGGAGCGUUACAUUUGCUUUUCAGACACUUUAGCCAAAGACAAGAAGUUUUACAAGCAUUUAAACAAGUGCAACUUUUGGUUUCCGAUAGCGACGUUGAAUCCUAUAAACAAAUAAAAUCCGACUUAGAUGUUUUACGACAGUCGGUUGAGAAAUCGGAACUUUGGGUUUACAAAUCUAAAGCAUCGGAGGAACAUGGUAAUAAAAAGAAGAAGAGUAAAGAGGAAGAAGAUGAUGGAGCUACUCCUCGAAAAGCUCCGCCUCAAUUGUCUACAUCGGAUAAAAAAGGAUCUGCGAUAGAUUUAGACAUUGGUCCGCCAUUGCACGCAGACCAAGCGGAGGAAUAUAAAAAGAUACAACAGAUCCUAAUUCGAAUGAACAAGUUAUGCAUUCAAACGAUAGGUGGUCAAAUAAAACCACGAAAACACGAGCAAAGACUUUUACGCAACGUCGGAGUACAUACGGUCGUCCUAGACUUGUUGCAAGUUCCGUUUGACGCGAAGGAGGACGUCAGAAUGAACGAGUUGAUGCGACUGGCGCACGAUUUUCUACAGAACUUUUGCUUAGGAAAUCAACAGAAUCAAGUUCUUUUACAUAAGCAAUUGGAUUUGUUUUUAAAUCCUGGUAUACGCGAAGCUCAAACAGUAUGUAGCAUUUUUCAAGACAAUUCGACUUUGUGCAAUGAAGUAAAUGCCAAGGUGAUACAGCAUUUUGUGCAUUGCAUAGAAACUCAUGGGAAACAUGUACAAUAUUUGAAAUUUCUUCAAACGAUAGUAAAAGCUGAGAAUCAAUUUAUUAGGAAAUGCCAGGAAAUGGUAAUGCAAGAAUUGGUUCAAGCAGGCGAGGACGUUUUGGUUUUUUAUAACGAUCGAGCUUCUUUCAAUCAUUUUGUGGAAAUGAUGCGAUCUGAACGACAUCGGAUGGACGAAAGUAGUCCACUCAAAUACCACGUAGAAUUGGUUAAGUUAUUAGCUUGCUGUACAAUGGGUAAAAAUGUUAAUACGGAAAUUAAAUGUCACAGUCUUUUACCACUAGACGAUAUCGUUGUUAUGGUGUCGCAUUCAGAUUGCAUACCUGAAGUAAAGGAAGCAUAUAUUAAUUUCCUGAAUCAUUGUUACAUUGACACGGAAGUCGAAAUGAAAGAAAUUUACACGUCAAAUCAUAUGUGGUCGUUGUUCGAAAAGUCUUUCAUUGUAGACAUGGGAAUUAUAGCAACAGCCACACACGAUCGUGAACACGCUGACACAGCUCUGGAAAAUUAUGUGACAGGUUGCCUAAUGAAUAUCAUUACAACGUUCUUUAGCAGUCCAUUUUCAGAUCAAAGUACUACAGUACAGUACGUCAUAAUGGAGAAACAUCUCCACGAGGCUAGACUUUAUUGGAGCAUCAAGGAAAGUGACCGGAUUACUGAUACUAAUGUUACUGGCUAUACACGACAACCUAUAUUCGUUCAAUUACUUCAUGCGGCUUUUAAAGUCUCACAGUGUGGGUGGCUAAAUGCUGGUCAAAGAUUUAAUGUCGAAAAUUGUAUAAGAACAUUAUCAGACGUAGCUAAAGGAAGAGGCAUAGCCAUUCCAACAGAUUUGGAGAGCCAAGUUGCUUCCAUGUUCAAUAAGGCAGCGAUGCUUAGUAGACAAACAAGUAAAUGGCUUCAAGCUGCGAAACAACCAAAGAUAGAACGUACACAAAGUCAGAGUGACUUAAUUUGUGAGGAAGAUAGUAAAGAUCAGCUAAUGCGUUUGGAUCGAAGUAUCAUAGAAGGUUUACAAGACAUAGUAUCGUUAUUGGAAGAACAAUUGAAACCACUAGUUCAGUCUGAAUUAUCUUUGUUAGUGGAUAUACUCUAUCGGCCAGAAUUACUGUUCCCAGCAGCGAGUGACGCUAGAAAACGUUGCGAGAAUGGUGGCUUCAUCAAAAGAUUAAUCAAACAUACGGAAAAGCUACUCGAAGAAAAGGAAGAAAAAUUAUGUGUAAAGGUGUUGAGGACUCUCAGGGAAAUGAUGGCCAUUGACCCUGAAUACGGCGAGAAGAGCGAGGGUGUCAUGGAAGAAGAAGAAACAGAGCAGAAGGCCGAGUCACAAGAAGGCCGAGGAACAGACUCUGUCGAUGAGUCUGAGACUCGUCAUAUGACUCAGGAAGAGCGGGGAGAUGUACUGCGGAACAAUCUCCUGGUUCGUUACUUUGGAAAGUCCUUCAUACAGAAACCGGAAAACGUGGAAAUUGGAGUAUCGCAUACUGCUCCAAUUACACAUGGACCAGGGGCUAAACUACUGAGUCGCGCAGGACGCACGUUGCACGAGAUUCAAAGUCAUCUCGAUCGUGAAGGUGCCUCAGAUUUGGUAGUGGAGCUGGUGAUUAAAAGCGUCCACUCUCCGAGUAUAUUUGUGGAAGCUAUAGAACUUGGCAUCGCGUUGUUGGAAGGAGGAAAUCCUAUUAUACAGAAGAGUGUGUUCAAUAAACUAAUGGGUGGUGAUUUGAGUCAAUCCUUUUUCAAGGUGUUUUACGACAAAAUGAAAGACGCUCAGCAAGAAAUAAAAUCCACGGUUACAGUGAACACUUCUGAUAUAGCAGCGAAAGCCCACGAAGACAAGGAACAGAGCAAAGAAAUAGAAAAGAUAUCAAAGAAGCGUACAUCAGGGAAACCCAAUGGGAUAGUAAUAACAGACGAGCUACGAGAAGAAUUAAAUCAAGCUGCAUCCUCUACCGUGCAAGCGUACGCGAAUGUGCGUAAUCUUGCUUCCGGCGAAGAUCCAACGAACAACGCAGCUCUGGGAAGUGCGUUGGAAGAUAUGAUAGCAGAAAAAUUAGAAAGGCAUCGUACGGGAACAACUGGUAACGAGAGAGACGAAGGGCAAUUGAGUGCGAAAGUUUUAGUAAUGCAGCCAAUUUUACGUUUUUUGCAAUUGUUGUGUGAAAAUCACAAUCGUGACUUACAGAAUUUCUUACGUAAUCAAAAUAACAAGACGAAUUUCAAUCUGGUAUCCGAAACGCUCAUGUUCUUAGACUGUAUCUGUGGUUCAACGACUGGCGGAUUAGGAUUGUUAGGGCUGUAUAUAAAUGAACAAAAUGUUGCGUUAAUCAAUCAGACAUUGGAAACAUUGACAGAGUACUGCCAGGGACCGUGUCACGAUAAUCAGAACUGUAUUGCAACACACGAGUCUAACGGAUUAGAUAUAAUAACAGCCUUGAUAUUGAACGAUAUUAAUCCUUUGGGAAAAACUAGAAUGGACCUGGUGUUAGAGUUAAAAAAUAACGCUAGCAAAUUGUUGCUUGCUAUAAUGGAAAGUAGAGGAGAUAGCGAGAAUGCGGAAAGGAUUCUGUAUAAUAUGAAUCCAAAACAAUUAGUUGAUGUCGCAUGCCGUGCAUUCCACCAAGAAUCUUUGGACGAUGAUGGCGACAUGGAUGAUUCUUCUAUAGAUGGCGAAGAAGGAGUAUCACCCAAAGAGGUCGGGCAUAAUAUUUAUAUCUUGUGUCAUCAAUUAGCACAGCAUAAUAAAGAAUUAUCAUCGAUGUUGAAACCAUCUGAACAGAAUAAUGCAGAUCCGAAAAUUAACAAGGCAUUGCAAUAUUAUGCGAGUCAUACAGCCCAGAUUGAGAUCGUUAGACAUGAUAGAACGCUGGAGCAAAUUGUCUUCCCAAUUCCUGAGAUUUGUGAACUCAUUACUUUGGACACGAAGAUUAAAGUAUUAAAUACUACAGAACGCGACGAUCAAGGGUCGAAGGUUUCUGAUUUCUUUGAAAGGACCGAGGAUAUGUUUAACGAAAUGAAAUGGCAGAAGAAACUUAGAGGGCAACCAGUGUUAUUCUGGAUGAGCAGUUACAUGUCACUUUGGAGUAAUAUUUUAUUCAACUGUGCGGUACUCAUAAAUCUUAUCGUAGCUUUCUUCUAUCCAUUUGUAGAUUCUGUGCCUAAAUUGAGUUCACACUUAUCUGCCCUUAUCUGGGCGGUGAUGCUUUCGUCAGCUGUUAUUGUCAUUACCUUACCUCGAGAAUCUGGUAUACGAACGCUAGUAGCUUCAACGAUAUUACGAUUGAUUUUUUCCAUAGGACCAGAACCAACAUUAUGGUUACUUGGUUUUCUUACGGUUGUAUUAAAAGUUGUACAUCUUAUAAGUAUUAUAGGUAAUCAGGGCACUUUGACAAAGAGUCUAGAGCAAAUAGUGACAAACGUUGAACUUUUGUAUCAUAUGUCGUAUCUUAUAUUUUGCGUUCUCGGCAUUUGUAUGCAUCCAUUUUUCUACUCAGUUUUACUUUUUGACGUAGUGUAUCGCGAAGAAACGUUGCUCAAUGUAAUAAGAUCUGUUACAAGGAACGGAAGAUCCAUCAUACUUACCGCUGUAUUGGCGUUAAUUCUAGUUUAUAUGUUCUCCAUUAUCGGUUUUAUGUUUUUCAAGGACGAUUUUCUGGUGACAGUCGACGAGGAGCUUGUGUCAUCGUAUAUGGAUGCAGCGGCGGGUACUUGUAACAUUGCUGAUAAUGAAAAAUGCGAAGCAACGGAGACAGUAUCCCGAUAUAUUCGCGAUGUGAACGAAGAAGACAGUCAGGCAGAUGUAAUUAACGUUGGAGGAGAACUAAAGGAACGGGCAUGCGAUUCUCUUGUUAUGUGUAUUGUUACAACUUUGAAUCAAGGUUUAAGAAAUGGUGGAGGAAUUGGAGAUAUUCUACGGGCCCCAUCUAGUACAGAGCCCUUGUUCGUUGCUAGAGUCGUAUACGAUCUACUGUUCUUCUUCAUUGUCAUAAUUAUCGUUCUGAAUCUUAUUUUUGGUGUUAUCAUUGAUACGUUUGCUGAUCUCAGAUCGGAAAAACAGCAGAAGGAAUUAAUAUUGAAGAAUACCUGUUUUAUUUGCGGACUGAACAGAUCAUCUUUCGAUAACAAAACGGUUUCCUUCGAAGAACACGUGAAACACGAGCAUAAUAUGUGGCAUUACCUCUAUUUCAUUGUUCUGGUAAAGGUGAAAGAUCCUACGGAGUUCACAGGGCCAGAGUCUUACGUGUACGCGAUGGUGAAGGAUCGAAAUCUUGACUGGUUCCCGAGAUUAAGGGCCAAAUCGUUGGCAGCAGACGAGGGCGAAGGGGAACAAGUAGAGUUAAGAAGUUUACAAUCUCAGUUAGAAUCCACGCAACAGUUAGUGAAAUGCUUGUCUCAACAACUUACCGAGCUUCGCGAUCAGAUGACGGAGCAACGAAAGCAGAAACAGCGGCUAGGCCUUUUGAAUUCUGCAUCCGCGAUUUUACACAACGUAACAACGUAAAUCUGAGAUAAGUGUACUUCAGAAUUUCGUUUUUAAUCGUACAUGAAUCUCAAUUUGAUACUCCAACAUGAUAUUUAAUGCAUAAGUUUGUGUGUUCUUAAGAAGCAUUUAAAGACACUGGGAAAUACUAUGAGAGUAACACGUAGCAUUUGUACGGUUUUGUUCCUAAUUUCAACGUAGGGUUAGAUGAGAAAAGUUAUCGUACUCGAUGAGUUGUAUUGGUUAAACAGAUUGAAGCAUUUUACAUCAAACAUUAAUAUCUUCAAAUAUAUUUUCAAUCAGUUUCAUCUCGUGCGAGUAAUUUCUUUGGGGUCCGUGUUACUUAAAACGAAACAAUCAGGAAGAACAUUGUCUUAAAAUAGAACAACACGAUCGUUUUUAUCGUUAUACACACAUAAAUAGCCAAAGGAUCAUAUCGAAAUAUAUAAAAGGAGCAUGUUUAAAAUUCUUAUCGAGAGAUUUUAAUAUUUUUAUGACUUGUUUAAAGCGAGUUCUUGAGAAUGUGUUGUCUUUUAUAGUCGUAGAAUGUGUAUGUAAAAUAACUGUCUGAUUGAUUUUAUAGAUUAGUUAAUUUUCCUGGUUGUGUUUAUAGAUGUUUAAGUUUGUAAAAUAGAAACCCUUUUCAAUCGCUUGUUUUUAGGAUCUGUGCGGAAUGAUUUCGAAGGAUCCUCUCGACGAGUCUUUCUGAGUUUCCCAAUUUUCGUAUCGUUAUGAAGAAAAAAAAAAAAA